GAGAUCCUCAUCUGAGGCAGGUCUCUGAGUGUGUAUAAAAGCUGGAGGUUGAUCAGCUCCUCAAACUGAGAGUCAUCUCAGCAUUCUGAUUGUAAGGAACCUGCAAAAAGGAAAAGUACCAAGUAAACAUGUCUCACAGCUGGGAUUACAGCACUCAAGGUCCUGAUAAAUGGGCUGAGCAUUUCCCCAUUGCUAAUGGAGCCCGGCAGUCUCCCAUUAACAUCAUCCCGAGCCAGGCCCAGUUCGACUCGUCUCUCAAGCCGCUCAAGAUCCAGUAUGACCCAUCGAGAUCCAAAGACAUCUUGAACAAUGGGCAUACAUUCCAAGUGACCUUCCUGGACGACAAUGACAGUACAAUUCUGACUGGUGGGCCCAUCACUGGCACCUACAGGCUAAAGCAAUUCCACUGCCACUGGGGUGGGAGUGACAACAAUGGGUCCGAGCACACAGUCGAUGGUGUCAAAUACCCCUGUGAGCUCCAUCUGGUGCACUGGAACACCAAGUAUGCAAACUUUAAUGAAGCCCUAAACAAAUCUGAUGGCUUGGCGGUGAUUGGAGUUUUUCUGAAGAUUGGUUCUGCCAAUCCCCGACUGCAGAAAGUUCUGGAUGUCUUUGGUGCCAUCAAAGCAAAGGGUCAGCAAACUACUUUUCCAAACUUUGACCCCAAGAACCUGUUGCCUGCCUCCCUGAAUUUCUGGACGUACGAAGGCUCUCUCACCACCCCACCUCUGUAUGAGAGCGUCACCUGGAUCGUCCUCAAAGACCCAAUUAGCGUGAGCUCUACUCAGAUGCAGCAGUUCCGCAAACUGUUGUUCACCUCAGCGGGCGAAACACCUCUCUGUAUGUGCAAUAACUACAGACCCCCUCAGCCCAUAAAAGGACGCAAAGUCCGUGCCAAUUUUAAGUAAAAUACAAAAAAAACACCUCUGACCCUGUUCACUCUACACAUCUCAUCCAAUCACAUUGCUUCUUUUAUCUUCUGUCACUGUUGAACGCUGCAAAUCAAAUUCUAAAUCUGUUUCUAAAUCAUUUUCAAGAUUCAUUUGAAUAAUUUAGAAUAACAUUUAGAAUGUUAGAAUCAGUUGUUUUAAAUGACUAUUUUGUAAAGGUCCAGUUGAUUUGGUUCAAACGAAUCAGCUGCUAUGUUUAAACUGAAAUAGGACUCACUGAAUGAAUCAUUUGGUGAAUCAGUUCAUUUAUUUGAACUGUAAUGAACCACUCAUCAUUUGGUUCAUCUAAAUUUAAGGAAAGAAAUACAAAACAAUAUAAAAUGCUGCCAGUUGGUUAAUCUAUUCAAAUGAAUCAGCUCCCAAUCUGUUACAAGCUUUUAAUUGUAAAAUGUUAACCUGUGCAGACCUUCAUCAUGCUAGGAAAGAGAGUUUAAUCCUCAAUGUUUUCAUUAGUUUAAUUCCUCUUAAUCCUCAUCUAAUGGGUUUAUUAUUGUUAUUAUUAUUAUUAUCAUUAUUAUUAUUAUUUUCAGUUAUAUAUGUUUUAAUUUGAGAUGUGUGAAAUGUGCAAGGUGCAGAGCACAAAGAAGAAAGAAACCCUCUAGUGAAGCACUUUUCACUUUAAGAAGCAGCAAUAAAGAAAAGUUAUAAAGAAAAGUGUUUAUUAUUAAGUUACAAAAGAAUUAUCAGAGGGAUUAACUCAUAAAUAAUAAAGUUAAUGCAUUUAAAAAUAAAGCUCUAAAGACUUA